AUGGCAGUCAAUGGAAGCCAUACUACAUCAACUGGGAAUAUCCUCGAUCGGAGCGAACAGUUUUGGCGACGUGAAUUCAAAGACUUUUCCGCAACGAUAUUCCCUAUUGUCUCUUCGCGAUACAAACAAUCGACUCUCAAAAUACUCACAGAAAACAUUGAUCUGGCAUGUGGCGAGCUUGAUCCUGUCUCGGCUGGGGCAGCGUUGGCCCUAGCAUGGGGCCUCGUUCUCUCUCGAUACACCGGGAACGACGAUGUUGUUUUCGGUCUUGGACUUGAAUCAGAAAGUAAUGAUUUUUCCAACACGCCAGUGUUGCCUUUACGGCUUUUAGUCGACCCCCAGCAAUUAGCGGUGGACGCCCUUAACAACACCGAAGCCAGGAUCAUGGACCGAUCUACAUUCGGUGUAUCCUCAAUUCCGGAAUUGUCAAACCUCGGUGGAGAUAUAGCAUCAGGGUGUCAGUUCAUGAACAUACUCAACGUCAGACAAGGGCAACCAAAGGAUCCUAGUAGCUCCCAGAGCAUCGAAACGCGCAAAGUACCUCUUGUUAUCAAUUGUGAGAUCCGAACAAACGGUGUAGAUGUGGAGGCCCUGGUGGAUCCUUCUGCAAUCUGCGUCGAAACAACACGCAUGAUGUUGCAUCAGCUGGGCCAUUCUUUCCGGACUGCUCUCACUCGCUGCUCUCGACGCACUCUUGUUGGCGAUCUCCGAUCUGUCAGUCCCCAAGGCUUGGCCGACCUGAUGGAGAGGGGAGUCCAGCCACCUCCCCCAUUGGUCCAUGCCCGUGUGCACGAUCUCAUCGUCGCGCAAUGCCAAUCUCGCCCAUCUGAGCCAGCCGUCGCUGCUUGGGAUGGCCAUUUGACCUACCAUGAGCUUGAUCAGCUCUCUUCUCGCCUUGCAACACAGCUCACAAAGCUCAAGGUGAUACAGCCUGACAGAAUAGUGCCUGUUUUUAUGGAGAGAUCUGUGUGGAUUUCAGUAGCCAUCCUCGGCAUCUUGAAGGCAGGGGGUGCGUUUCUUCUUAUGGACAUCUCGUUCGCGGACGAGUAUGUGAAACAGAUUUGCGCAAAGAUCGAAGCCCCGCUUGUUCUGAUAUCGGGCCGUCAAAAUGAUCGCGCGAGAUUACUUGGUUUACCUGUUCUACCGGUCGGAGACAAUUCACCGUUGGCUGACGAUGAGGGAAAAGAUACACCGUGCCUUGACAUACAACCAUCGCAUGCAUGCCAUGGUCUUUUUACCUCUGGGUCCAGCGGGGAUCCUAGACUCGUCAUCAUUGACCAUGCAGCGGUAUGCACUGCCUGGGCGCAACCUACUGCCACUCAACUCAUGCUUUCAUCAUCAUCUCGCGUCUUGCAAUUUGGCUCCCAUGCAUUUGGUGCUUGCGUUGCUGAGUACCUUGGGGCCAUGAUUCACGGAGCUUGUUUAUGUAUAGCUCCAGAGUUGGGCCCGGGGAAUGAUACAGCAGAAGCCAUUCAGAAGUUGAAUGCCAAUUUCAUCACCCUGACCCCUUCUGCGUCUCGUCUCCUGGAUCCCAGCCAGGUCCCCUCACUCCAAGUUGUGGUUCUAGCUGGAGAGGCACUAAGCCCUCUCGAUCUGGAAAAAUGGCAAGGACGAGUGCAAUUAAAAUGCAUGUAUGGAUUGGCGGAGACUGCAGCAUUCUCCUUGCUUGCCGAUUUGACUGAACCAAACUCAAACUACCGGGAGAUUGGAGUGCCGACUCACACAUGGAAUUGCUGGAUUGUAGAUACCAACAAUGUCGAAGAUCUGGUACCACCUGGCGGAGUAGGUGAACUGCUGCUAGAAGGACCCAGUCUAGGACGUGGUUAUCUCAACGAUCCGGCUCGUACAGCCCAGAAUUACAUUCCGGCCCCUUCAUGGCUUAUGCAGAUUCGACCCGUGGAAUCACAUGGUCAUCGCUGCUUGAAAACAGGGGACCUUGUUCGUUACUCUCCCAACGGGACACUGGAGUACAUCCGCCGAAAGGAUGUAACUGAAGUGAAGAUCCGAGGGCAGCGCAUGGACCUUACGGACGUUGAAAGACAUCUCGCGCGACAGUAUCCCACAGCGGCUCGUGUGGCGGUGGAUGUCAUCAUUCCAUCAGAUGACAUCGGCCAUAAUGGCGCUAUGUUGGUCGGCUUCGUGUACAUGGAGUCCACACAGUGUGAUAUGCAAAACGAAAAUGAAAUAUUUGCUUCCUCGACGAUCGAGAGUCGGGAAAAGGCCACCAAUGUUCUUUCCGUCCUGAAAGAAGUGCUUCCUACAUUCAUGGUUCCAGAUAUCAUUGUUGUUGUCAACCGAAUUCCAACGACAACUUCGGGCAAACUUCACCGAGACCGACUACGCCGUCUAGCCUCGGGAUUAUCCCGCAGAGCUUUACUGGAGUAUGGGAAUACCCAGUUACCUGGAGUUAACGGGUACUCUGAGAGGCUCGUACAAUAG